AUGCCUUUGCAUCUACUUCAGAAAAAGAGCUGGCAUGUUUACAAUACCGAGAAUGUCGAACGCGUUCGCCGCGAUGAAGCCGAGGCCCAAGCCCGAGAGGAUGCGGCCGAUCAGCGCACAUUGGAAGAAGACGCUGAGCGACGGAUGAAACUACUUAGAGGCGAACGUGUUUCGCCGUUGAGAGAAUCGGCAUUCGUAGAGGAUGGACAUGAUAAUACAAAUCGGCCUUCACAAAGGAAACGGGAUGACGCAUUGACUGACCCGAAACGUCGUCGCCUGCGUGGCGAGGAUGAUACCGAUCGUGACAUCAGAAUUGCACGAGAACAGGAUCUACGAGACUCCGACCAGGCCAAGUCCUACACAUUCCUUGACGACAAGGGAAGAGAUGCUCCGCUGCAGGACCCGGCUGGGCAUAUUCAGCUGAUCCCUGCUCCCGACGAUCGACAGAGGCAUCUCUCGAAGCAGCACGAUUCAAGAGAAUCCGACAAGGCAAGGAAGCGUGACAAAGACGAUGUGCAAUCCAUGCGUUUCAGCGAUGCCGCCGGCUACAAUCGUGGAUCUCAUAGGCCGUGGUAUACUGCCCGAGUGGAGGAGAACUCUGUCGUACCACAGUCCUCGGCUGACGCAACCCUCGCUGCCGUGCAGGCUCGUGAUGCGUUUGGCAACGCGGACCCUCGUCGCAUAGAGCGUGAGGGUAAGCGCAUCACCUCAAAUGAUCCUCUGAUGUUCAUGCAGCAAGCGCAGCGCGUUCUCAAACAGAGUGAGCGC